GGUAAAUGUUGGCUAACACUUGGCUCCCACCGAGCUGAAACCAAGCAGUAUCUGCACACGGAUUUAAGAGGAAUUUUGGACAUCUUACUUAUUCAUCCAGACGGACCAGCGCCGAGCCAGAACCCUGGAACAGCUCAGUUUUUAAUUCAGUCUGUGCCCAGCAGAGCUGAUAAGCUAAUCAAUACCAGGAAAAUCUUGGCUCACCACUCUGCCAUCAUGAGUGAGGGUAAUAAUACAGAUGGGAAAAUAGACUGGAGUAAACUGGAACCCACUGAUUCUGUCAAGAUUUUCAUGACCAUCCUCUACAGCCUCAUGCUGGUUACCGGCAUUGUGGGUAAUUCAGUGACCAUCAGAGUGACACAGGUGCUAAAGCGUAAAGGCUACCUGCAGAAGAACGUCACCAACCAUAUGGUUAGCCUGGCCAGCUCCGACCUCCUGGUGCUCCUCAUCGGCAUGCCUGUGGAGCUCUACAGCGCCAUCUGGUACCCCUUCGGAUCUGCAUCAGGGAAUGUGUCCUGUAAGAUUUACAACUUCCUGUUUGAAGCCUGCAGCUAUGCCACCAUCCUCAACGUGGCUACGUUUAGUUUUGAGCGCUACAUUGCCAUUUGCCACCCUUUUCGCUACAAAUCCCUGAGUGGAAAACGGACCUCUGCUCUGAUUACCUUUGCUUGGGUGGUGUCCAUGCUUGUUGCCUUGCCAUUGUUGAUUGCCACAGGAACCCAGGGAUAUAUACCGGUUCGAGAGGACAAACCGGUCCAGAAUCUGAAUUUCUGCACCAAUCUGAGGGAGCACUGGGUGAUGUACAGAGCAAGCAUCUUUGGGGCUUUCAUCCUCUACAUGAUUGUGCUGAUCUCCGUUGCCUUCAUGUGCCGGGCAAUGAUCUUGAUACUGAAGAAACCUUUUGGAUCCAUGGAAAAGGGCACCAACGGAACUCAAAGGACCACCAAACAUGUAAGCGAAAUGACGAAGAUGGCACGAAAGCAAACAAUAAUUUUUCUAGGUCUCAUUGUGGGAUCCUUGAUGCUGUGCUGGUUUCCCAACCAGAUUCGUCGUCUCAUGAUGGCCACUGUUCCAAAGUCCAACUGGACUCUUUCCUACUUCUGGAGCUACGUCACCCUCCACCUCGUGGCCGAUACCUUCUUCUACCUGAGCUCUGUCAUCAACCCCUUCCUCUACAACCUGUCCUCCAGACAGUUCAGGGAGGUGUUUCUCCAGGUGUUGCGAUGCCGCCUCACCAUCGAACACGUCAAUAGACGCAACGUGCAGCCGUCCAACGCCUCUUCUGCUCGCUCUCUGCGGCCGCUGCUGGUGAAGUCACUGAGUCACACCAGGGCGAGCAGAAUGACUGUCCAGGAGAAACCUCCACCCACCUUCACAACGUUUCAGACUGACUCUGGGGUGGUCUCCAGUUCUCAAAUGACCGUCUCCCUAACUGAGGAGACAGAUCCGAUAACAAGGACUGACGUGCUAUCAGAGACGGAAAUAUAAAGUGCUGUACAUGGAAGGCUUAAAAACAAACAUGGCUGAAAUUGCUUUAUCCCUGGUCUCCUGAACCAAAGCCCAAAUGGUCAGCUUGGCAUGAAAACUCUGAAGCUAAAGGUGCACGUUAAAAUGUCAUACCACUAGUAUGGUAGUGACAGGGUCCUACUCAAUGUGUUUAAAACAUGAGUUUUAAUGAAAGUUUCUUAAAACCAACAUCUAAAAGCUGUGUGUGAAUAAUAAAGUCUGACCUUACUGCAUCUAGAAGGGUUGAAAAGGUAAAUACAAAAGCAGUCAAUGUGGCUUCGGUUUGGAAAGUUGCAUCUAAACAAAUCAGAAAAGUUCUGGAAGUUUAAAAAACCAAAACCCAUCAAAUUAGCACAAAAACCUCCUACCAAUUGUCAAGGACUGUGGUGAAGGUGUAAUGAUUGGGGCUCACUUUACAGACACCUAGUAGUCACUGAGUGGAUCACGAUCUCCUUGGUAGACCAAGGUUUUCUAGAGUCAAAUGUAAGUACAUCUGUCAGCUUAAGCUUGGUCCAAACUGGGUCAUCAACAGAACAUUGAUCCAAAACACAGCACCAGAUCUACAGCAGAAAGGCUGCAAAUGAGAAGAAUCAAGGUGCUGCAAUGGCCUAUUAAAAGUCCAGACCUGAGCAUGAUUAAAAAGGCUGUGUUUGGACCUUCAGAAAGCUGAGCAAAACCUCAAUGAAUUGAAGCAACGUUGAAAAGAAGAGUGGUACCGAGAUUCCACCACAAUGAUCUGAAAGAAAAUCAAGCAGAACCACUGCUGAGGGUUACUGCUGCUGGAUCAGAGGAUGUACAGGUCUUUGGUUUCAUCUUUUUUUAAUAAAUAAUGAUGGUGUGAAA